UUUCUUUAUCUCUUUCUCCCUCUCUGCUUCCUCUCCUAUCUUCCCCACCGAGCAGCCCGCCCGCCACUGCUCCUUGUCCCGAAGCCCGCGUCUCAUCCCUUGUUGUCCGGCGCCGCCCCCAUCUCAUCCCGUGCUGUCCGGCGCCGCCCUCCACUCCCCUGCUGGCCGCCGCCCCCCUCCUCCUCCUCCUCCUCAUCCCCUGCUGGCCGCCGCUCUCCACUCCCCUGCUGGCCGCCGACGCCCGCCCCAAAUCGAACAAAAACAGAGAGAAAGGAGAAGCAGGGAAGGCGGGGAGUACCUGCAGGUGGCCAGCCCCAAAUCGAACAAAACAGAGAGAAGCAGGUGGAUUUUAGGGAUCCCCGCCCCAACCUCGCCGGUAGGGGCAAGCAAGGAUCGAGAAUCGGCUGCCGUCAGGGCGAUGGUGAGGCGCCGUCUCCGCAACCACCACCAACACAGUCAUAUGAUCUUAUCCUAAUCAGCUCCAUUGUUCUGUUUCCAGCGGAACUUCGUAGGUCCAGAUUUGUGAUUGCUGCAAGCUAUGGCUGCCGCUGAAGCAAGGGCUGCUUGGCAACGUGCUGCAAACCGUUGCAUGGUUCAGGAGGACAGAAAGAGAGCUCCCAAACUAGCCUGUUGUCCAUUGUCAUCUGAACAACAUGGUACAAAUAAUGGAAACUCUACAACUUCAGAAGGUCGUCCUAUCUCCAAUUUCGUGCCUCUGAGCUGUAAUCCCAUAAACUCUAAUCUGCCACAAGAUAUCAGAUGGCGGUUUCAGUUACAGCCAAAUUUUAGGGUCCAGAAGGAUCUUGCUAGUGAGCAACGAUGUUUUUUGGGCAGGGAGAUUGGUGAGAAAGAAGUGGAGGAUUCAGGACCAAUGUCUAAACAUGAGGAACCGUUACUCCGUGGAACGGUUAUCAACAACCCUGAGAAGGGUGAGGACGUUUUUGAGCCUCCAUCGAUGAAUUCAACAGAUUUUGUGAAACAUUCUUCUGAGACAGGCUCAGAGGAAAGGAAGACAAUUGUUGGCUAUUCUCAAGUUCCUCUCAAAUGCAGAGGUAAUGUUAGCAUCAGCGACUGUUUGUGUGAUGACAAAAAAUUCCAGGAUUUCAGAAGUUCUUGUCCACCACCUUUGAAGAACCAACAAAAAGUUAAUUCUAAUAUAGAUGUGUCUUGGAAAGAAGGUGAAAAGGCUCAGCCAUGGUGGCAGAUCACUGAUGAGAAUGAGCUAGCUUCACUGGUUGCAGAAAAGGCAAUGCAGCAUAUCGAGAAUUGUGAUCUGCCAAGACCUGCCCAGGUAGUUCGGGUGCAUGGGACAGAAUAUAAUCAAGAAAAUAUGGGUGAGUAUGAAGGAUCAUCAUGUUCUGCAGGUAGAGUGUCGCAUUCUUAUCCUGGACAGUCUGAACAUAUUCAGUUCAGUUAUAACAGCACAGAUGAGUUCGGUUUGUCUAAUGAUGCAGUUUGGCAGGAGCAGAAAAGAAAUAACACAUACAGUGGUGCACAGGUUUUUUCUAGGAGUAACCAUACAGCACCUGAAAGCAAACAAAUGCCCCUGAAUCCAUCUGAGCGGGCUCAACUUUUGGAGGCACUCCGUCAUUCACAAACACGCGCUAGGGAAGCCGAGAUGGCUGCCAAGGAAGCACACAGUGACAAAGACGACGCGAUCACGCUGUUGCUCCAACAGGCCUCACAUCUCUUUGCGUGCAAGCAGUGGUUGAAAUUAUUACAGCUGGAGAACAUAUGCCUCCAGCUCAAGCACAAACGAAACCGGCAUCAGAUAGCAGCCUUGAUGAAAGAACUCCCAUGGUUGUCGCUGAACGAGAAACCAGCACCGAAAGAAGAGAGAAAAGAUUGGACAGGGAGGAAAGGCAGGAGGAGGCAGAAGAAGAGAGGUUGCUUCUGUGACGCCAUCCUAUUUGCUUUCGGUUUAGGCCUUGCUGGUGCGGGUUUGCUUCUUGGCUGGACUCUUGGGUGGCUGCUGCCGAAGUUGUAAGAUUUUCGUAGUUUGUCCGAGACUAUGUAGCUAGGCAAGUAUUUCGCGUGCAAGUGCGACCGACUGAAAUAGUCAAACCGAUAGGCUCCUGUCGAUUUGGAAACCGCGGUGGUUUGAAGCCAUGAAUGUAUAUAUGUAAAUAUAUGUGGGUUGGGUGUUUGAAUUUUUAUAGUAAAGAGAGAGGGAGAGAGAGAGUUCUUGAGCUGGGGAGUCAAAAUUCAUCUCUCGUGCUUAAGAAAACUGAUAACCGUUCGUAAAUAGAUGUAAAUAUUUUUUUUCUUGAGACUAUUGUUUAACUUGCACCGUUAAUACUGUAUAUCAAAAUAUUCAGAUUGCUUGGGAGAUUAA